AUGCUGGAGAGCGGCUGUAAGGCGGUGAAGGAGGGCAUGCUGGAGAAGAGGAGCGACGGGCUGCUGCAGCUCUGGAAGAAGAAGCGCUGUAUCCUCACCGAGGAGGGGCUGCUCCUUAUCCCGCCCAAGCAUCCCCCGCCGCAGCAGCAGCAGCAGCCGGCGCCGCCGGCCGAGCCGGCGGCCAAGAUCAAGGAGCUUCACUUCUCCAACAUGAAGACGGUGGACUGCGUGGAGCGGAAGGGCAAGUACGUGUACUUCACGGUGGUGAUGGCCGAGGGGAAGGAGAUCGACUUUCGGUGCGCACAGGAGCAGGGCUGGAACGCGGCGAUCACGCUGCAGAUGGUGCAGUACAAGAACCGCCAGGCCAUCCUGGCCGUGCGCUCCACCCGGCAGAAGCAGCAGCACCUGGCGGCACCGCACGGGCCGCGCCUCCGCGGCGCCUCCAACUCCGCCUAGCGCAGGUUACGUUCACGGAGCGCUUCGGAGAGGAGGGACAGAGCGCGUUCGUGGCGGACCUGCGCCAGGGGCUCAGAAACUGGGCAAACGGCGGAGGUGCGGGUACACCGGAGAGAAGCGGCUCAAUAGCCUGAACCUCAGCCAGCUGCUGCUGCUGCUGCUUUGCCGCCCUCGGUGCCGAGAAGCAUUUCAAAUCCAUUAUUUAUGAACCUUGGAAAGGAUCCUUUGGUGCCAUGGGACUUCUAGGAGACAUGAUGUACUGUAACUUUAUUUUAAUGUAUUUUAUUUUAUUUAUUAGGGUUGUGUUCUUUUGGUUUUGUUUUCCUUUUAAUUUUUCUUAGGGCUUAUUCG